UCUUCUUUUUGUGAGAGUAAUUUACCACUUACGAUGAAAACAAUCAUGGCUGGAGGUACACGUAAUGAAAUAAAUUUCAACAGGCUUCUGCAGCAAUGCCGGGCCAUGGCAGAAGAUAAAGAAAACAGAGACUGGCGUUUUGAAAAGUAUAUCGGAGCCCUCCAAAAUUACCUGACAGAACUGAAAAAGUCCCCAAGCAAAACAACCCAAGAGACACUGCUAGAGUACCAGAAGCAAGUGGAUCUGCUGAAAGGCUUAGCUGAGGCAGAAAAAAAGCCAUGUGUCGCAGAGAGAGCUCUAAUUACGGAGCGAUUGCGUCCCGUCAGCUCAAAUGUCAACAGUGCUCCCUCGAGGCAGCUUCAGGCCAAAGCAAAGGCGAAGUGUGAGGAGGAUGUUAGAGCAGAACUGCUGGGAACAAACAAAUCACAAGAAGGUGGUGACGGCUUGCGGCAUCGCGGCAAGGGGCAGGAGGAAGAAGAUAUCAACACUAUACUACAGCACCACCAUAAGCUGCAGGAGAAACUGGCUGAAGAUAUGCUCAUGCACACUCGGGCACUCAAACAGAACAUGACAGAAGCUAACCGGGUCGUUAGGGAUGAUACCAAGAAACUCUCGGACAGCACACGUCUGGCAGACACCAACCUGAGCAAACUGAAGGUGGAGAGUGAACGUCUAGAGGCGCAUACGAAGACCUGCUCCUGGUGGAUCUGGCUCAUGCUUGUCAUCGUCAUCAUUACCUUUAUCUCUAUGGUGCUCUUCAUGAGGCUUUUCUCAAAAUGACCUUUGCCCUUUUGAUGUAUUUUAAUAAUGUGGUUGUUUUAUAUUUCUUGUUGCUUGUUACUCAUCCUCGGUGAGUGGUUGGCGGGUGCUCUGGUGUGGUUUGCUUCUUCUUUCCUAUGAAACAUCUAUCAUCCUUAUCUACCCUUC